CUCUGAGACGCAACACCGCGUUUAGUUGUGACGGAUAUAUGAGUUCCCACCGAAGCCUCCGUUUUUAAUUAUAUAUUGUAUGCAACACCCAAUCUUUCUUUUUCCACAAGGUGAUUUGCAAAAACACUCACUGAGCGAAAGAGAAAGAAAGAGACGAGAGACAACACACAGCGACAACAGAGAGAGAGAGAGAGAGAGAGAGAGAGAGAGAGAGAGAGAGGAGAGAGUAUAUGUAUGUGAGUGUGCUUGGGAGAGAGAGAGAGAGAGAGAGAAGGAAUUGAAGAAGCUUUCAAUACCACAGAAGGGAAAACGAUGUCUGAGAGCUUUACAUCCUUUCAUACUCUUCACAACUAAGAGAUUUCGCUUAUAUAUUCAGUGGGUGAUCCUUGUCUAUGAUCAAUUCAAUUAUUGAGCAGUGGUUGUUACAAGUUAAGAAGAUGAUGAUGAGAAGCAAGAUCUUAACAUGGGAAUAGCAACACCCUCACUUCCUUCCAUUCUCUCACAUUCAAAGAUACACCAACACCAUUCAUUUCCUAUCUUUGACAAACAAGACUCUUCUAAUUCCAUGUCCCAAGAUUAUCACCAAGGAAUCUUCACCUUCUCGAAUGGAUUCGAGAGAUCCGCCACCGUAAAUCACCAAGAACACCAUUCCAAGCAGCCACAACAACAACCACCACCACCGUUAGUGGGUUUAGUAGAAGAGGAAUCCGGUGGCCUCCCAGUGUACGAAACCGCAGGGAUGUUAUCGGAGAUGUUCAAUUUCACUCCCGGGGAAGCAGAAUUGUUGGAGCAACAGCAACCAAUGACGACGACGUUUCGAUCCUCAACAAGAGUGGGCAGUGGCGAGUGGUACGGUAACAGACAAGGGAUGUUAACAGUGUCGGGACCGUUGGGAGAUUCGAAGAAUCAUCAUCAUCAUCAUCAGAGCAGUGUUCAUAACCGUGACAGUAGUAGUACCAGCAGCAUAGUUCACCACAACCACAACCACCAUAAUCAUAAUCAUCAUCAGAUGUCAAGUAUUAAUGCAGACUCAGCAGCUGCAAUGCAGCUUUUUCUCAUGAACCCACAAACAAGGUCACCUUCACCAUCUCAUCAUCAUCAUCAUCACACAACCACAACUCCUCCUCCUCCUGCUACAUCUUCCACCCUCCACAUGUUACUCCCCAAUCCUAAUUCAACUACUUCCAUGCAAGGCUUCGGUGGUGGAUCCGGACCAGCAGGAGGGGCUUUUGGUCAAUUCACAUGGGUUCCUGACACUAUUCAUCAAGGAGGAGUCACAAACACAAACAACAACCCAGUUGAGAUUGGAAGCGUUGUCGAAGGACAAGGUCUUUCGUUGUCCUUGUCGUCUUCUUUGCAACACUUGGAAGCUGCUAAAGCUGAGGAAUUGAGGAUGGGGGAUAGUGGUUUUCUAUAUUACAAUCAAGGAGGUGGUGGUGGAGGACCCUCUUACAAAAGUCUUGGGGGUCAUCAUCAUCACCACCAUCAAAACCAAGCAUUGCAUAUACAAGGGGGAAUAGGACUAGGUGUGGUGAACCACCAUGGACAUGUUGGGUUUGGUUCAUCGUCAUCAUCAUCAUCAUCCUUAGGUAUGGUUAAUGUGUUGAGGAAUUCCAAGUAUGUCAAGGCUGCUCAAGAAUUGCUUGAAGAGUUUUGCAGUGUUGGGAGGGGUCAGUUCAAGAAGAACAAGUUUAGUAGACAGCUCUCAAACCCUAAUUCCAAUCCCGGAGGUGGUAGUGGCGGUGGUGGUGCUUCUUCAUCUUCGUCAAAGGAUAUUCCUCCUUUGUCAGCUGCUGACAGAAUUGAACAUCAGAGGAGGAAGGUCAAACUUCUAACCAUGCUUGAUGAGGUGGAUAGGAAAUACAGCCACUAUUGCGAACAAAUGCAUAUGGUGGUGAACUCAUUUGAUCUGGUGAUGGGUUUUGGUGCUGCGGUUCCAUACACUGCAUUAGCUCAGAAAGCAAUGUCUCGUCAUUUUCGGUGUCUAAAGGAUGCAAUAUCAGCGCAACUGAAGCAAACUUGUGAGGUGCUGGGUGAAAAAGAUGGGGUGGGAACUUCAGGUUUGACCAAAGGAGAGACCCCAAGGCUUAAGAUGCUUGAACAAAGCCUAAGACAGCAAAGAGCCUUCCACCAGAUGGGGAUGAUGGAGCAAGAAGCAUGGAGACCCCAGAGAGGAUUGCCUGAACGCUCUGUCAACAUUUUGAGAGCCUGGCUUUUUGAGCAUUUUCUUCACCCGUACCCAAGCGAUGCAGAUAAGCAUCUGUUGGCACGACAGACUGGCCUAUCGAGAAAUCAGGUAUCAAACUGGUUCAUAAAUGCCAGGGUUCGUUUGUGGAAACCCAUGGUGGAAGAUAUGUACCAACAAGAACUUAAAGAAGCAGAGGGAGGAGCAGAAGAGAGAGAAAGGAACCAAAGCAAAAGCAGUAGCAGCAACAACAGUAGUGGCCACCUAGCACAAACUCCAACACCCUCAACCACAGCAUCAACAGCAACAGCGCCACCACCACCACCCCCAACAACAACAACGACGACACAAACAACAGCACCAACAGGCAAAAGAUCCGAUAUCAAUGCAAACGAAAGCGACCCUUCACUCGCAGCAUUUAAUAGACAAGGCUUCUCGGAAAACAAAGCAAAGCAAUCCCCCUCUACCACCGUCACCAACACCAUUAUGGCUCCUAACACCGCCACCAGAGCCACCGCCUCUGAGGUGGCGCCACCUGUGCCCCAGGGUUUCGACUCUGACGAUUCGUGUCGGCAUGGAACAUUGGUUACAGCAGAAUAUGGGACCACCGCUUCUGCUACUUCUGACAUUGGUGCUACUCUCAUUAGGUUUGGGACCACCGCCGGUGACGUGUCACUCACCUUAGGGUUACGCCACGCCGGGAACAUCCCUGAGAAAACAACUUUCUCUGUUAGGGACUUUGGGGGCAUUUAAACUUCCCUUUAUUACUUCACAUGACAUAAUAAUAAUAAUAAUACGUAUAUAUAGGAGGUUGCUUUAUUAUAGUUUUAUGAUAUAUAUAUAUAUAUAUAUAUAUUAAAAAAAAACCAUUUUUUUUUCACCUUUAAUUUCUCUCAUAUUCCUCCCUCUUUAAUUUGCAUUUUGUGGAAGGAAAGGAAGAAGGGAAUACGAUAUGAGAAAUUAAACGUAGCCUGAUAACACUGAUUAUGUUAUCAGCUAGCUAGAUAGCUCUGUGAUUAUUUAUAGGAAAAUGUACUUCUCCGAUUGUUGUAGAUUUUUUUUUUUUGCAGCAACUCAUAGAAAGUCAUGAUAUUUAUGUGGAUCCUAAUUUUUUUUUUAAAUGCUAGAAUCCAUAUAUGGAUCCUAUUGAAAAUGUGAUUGCUGCAAAAAAUUUAUCUGUAGCAACAGUAGUAAGUCACGAACCCUUAUUUAUAUAACUGUAUAAUACUAGCCUAGUUUGCAUGUCUUUUCGUU